AAAAAAAAAAAUCAAUUUCAGCCUCAUGAUAGUUACAGACUACCGGUCUCCAAAGUCAAUUCAUGUCGCGGAUGAUGGAAAUAUAACGGAACGGCUUCAUCGAUUCAGUGUCCAUUAAGAAAGUCGAGGCGAGGCUGUCCUGAAAAAUUGGAGCGAACUAACUUAAUGAAAAUGCUUUGGCUUGGCUUUGCAAGGUGGUGGAGAACCCAUGUCACCUUACGAGUGUUCGGCUUACUCUUGCUGGCUCAAGCUGUUUCUGCCGUCAUGGCAAUUAUGAGCCUCACUUCCUCUCUCAUAGCUGAUCUGGGUGUUAAUGCUCCUCUUUUUCAGAGUAUGUUCAAUUACUUGUCCCUAGGCUUGGUUUAUGGAAGCAUUUUGAUUUGCAGGCGUCAGAAACCUCUGAUUCCUUGGUAUUGGUACUUACUAUUAGGCUUUGUUGAUGUUCAAGGGAAUUAUUUGGUUAAUGAAGCAUACCAGUAUUCAUCCAUUACCAGUGUGACUUUACUGGACUGUUGGACGAUACCUUGGGCCAUGAUCCUAACUUGGUUCAUCAUUGGCACUCGAUAUUCCAUAGGGCAGUAUGUCGGUGCGGUCCUAUGCGUGAUAGGUCUUGGCUUAGUCCUGCUUUCUGACGCUGGCAUUGCUGGAGGAGGUGGCACGAAACCCAUCUUGGGCGAUAUACUUGUUAUCGGAGGGACCUUUUUCUAUGCAAUGAGUAAUGUUGGUGAGGAAUUUUGUGUCAAGAAAAAAGAUCGUGUUGAAGUAGUUGCCAUGAUUGGUGUUUAUGGAUUCUUAGUCACCGUUGUUGAAGGAUCCAUUACUGAAUUGAAGACUGUGGAAUCAAUCAAAUGGUCUACUGACUUAGUACUUUCUCUGGUGGGCUAUACCGCAUCGAGCUUCUUGUUUUACACACUGGCUCCUUUUGUUUUAAAGUUGAGUGGAGCUGCACUGUUCAAUCUAUCUCUUCUCACAUCUGACAUGUGGGCAGUAGUUUUUAAAAUCUACUUAUAUCACCAAGAGGUGGACUGGUUGUACUUCCUCUCCUUCGCAAUCGUUGUUAUAGGACUUGUCAUUUAUUCGACAACAGAGAAGGAGCCUGUUGCUGCAUCAACUAUUGAGAAUGGGAAUGUGGAAGCAGAAUACCAGGUGCUUAAUGAUGAGAGCGCAGAAAGUAGAAAUGAGUCUUUAGGCAGAUGAAGAAAGUGUCGUUUUGCAGGUUAAAGAGUGCGCUACGAAUUGUAAGCUUUGAAUCUUCAGUAUGUAACUUGGGUGGCGUCAUAUUAAGAACUUUGACGGGCUGCCCAGCUACAAGAAUGAAGAUAUUCUCAUGGCGAAGGAGAUGCUAAAUUUUGAUAACAGUUGGUUUUUGAUGUUGGGAUCACAUUCUAAUCUUUCCUUUUUCUUUUUUAUUGAUAAUAAUCUAUGUCUCAAUUAGAAUAAGACUUCUUUUCUGUGCUGCAGUUUGUCUGCGAUAUGCUUAUUCAUGGCACUGGCUAUUAUUUCUUCCACUUUUUGUUAAUUAAAUGUGGAGUUUGUUUUUUUGUUU